UGUCGAUGCCUCGCGUGGCGCGCCCUUCGGGAGGUGCCGAAGUGUCUCCGUGCCUCGUGUACACGCGCCACGAUUGAUCCGCGUUCCAUCCCCGAACUCAAUUUCGGAAAACAUUCUCUCUCUUACAUCGCACCCCACUUUCUUUCCCUUCCGCUUGAUUCGCUCAACAAGUUUCCUUUUUCCGGAGCGCCGUGAAAAAAAAAAAUUCGUCGAGAAGUCGAUACAGAAAAGAAAGUUUAGUCACGCGCCUUUUUUCGCAGAUCUUUUCUCCGAACGAAAAAAAAAACUCGCGAGAAAAACGCGCGCGGCUCGUACGCACCCCCCCGCUGUCAGGCACGCGUGUGCGUAAAGAAACGCGUUGGUGCGUGUGUUUACAACCUGUGGGUGGUGCGGCGGCGGCAACGGCAGCGUUAGGCACCGAUUACGGAAUAUGGAUUCGCGGUGGAUCCGGGUAGAGGCGGAAGGCGGCAGAUGACGGGUCCGCGGCCGAGCCCGGCGAGUGGAGGCGCCGAAUGAAAGUGAAAACGAAAGACUGCACGGUGCGUACUACGAUGUGAGAGGGAGGAUGCGUCGUUCUCGGGCAAGCGACGACGAAGGGUGCGGGAAGAUGAACGCCGGAAGGCGACAAAUGUCAUGAGCUCACCCCGCUGCAAACCCGGUGGAUUGUGUGCGCAAGGAUCCACCCUCUUUAGAAUUCCCCGUCCGUAGAGAGGGCGAGGAGCUCGUCGAAGACAAAGACGAGGGGGUCGGCGCGCAAGAGGGGCGAAAGGAACGAGGAGAGGCGCGAGGGAGAGCAAGGACUCUCCGUGAGGAAGGUGCGGUUGAGCCACGGGGGUGAAAAAGCGAGAAGGAGAUAAGGAGAUAAGGAAGAUGGGAGAGAGCUCGCCGGAUCUCAGCCUCCGGCUACGCCAGGGCAGCUCCGACUCCAGAGAUUCCUUCUACAUGGACUUCGCUCAGGGUAUCGAUUCCGAUAUCGAGGAAGUGACGCGACCAGGCGACAAUAAUUCCGAUCCUAUGCUGGAAAAUCAUCUGGAGGAUAACGGGAAUGACUUCCCGCCAAUUGAGGACAUUACAACGAUUCCCGAGGAGGCCUCUGAAGAAUUAAGGGAAGAGGAGGAAGCGGCCGCGCUGGAGGCCGCGCUACGAACGCCAGACGGUGGCACGGUUAGCACGGAAAUCGAAAAACCGUCAACCGCGACGCUCACGCAGGACUGGCCAGGACUGCCGGUCGCGCUACCGUCACCAGCCUCGCCAUCCGCGGUAAUCGUCUCGCCGGAAACGCUGUCUAGACACAGCAGCAGUUCACCCUCUCGCGUUCAUCGGCCACCCCAGUUCGCGUUAGCCCUGCCAUGUUCCUCGCAGCCGAUUCCGGCGGUCUGCUAUCCGGCGCCGACCUUCCUCGAGGUCACCGACGAGCGGAAGUGGAAGAACCUUGGCUGCGACGCCCUGGCGACCACUUUGAGCGCGCUGUACGGGAAACUUCUGGUCGUGAUGGGGAUCGCCUUUCCCAUGGCGGAAGUAAUAUCCACGUACAUACCGCCGUCGUUCUACGAGGCUUUUUACCUCUACCUCUACUUCGGCAGCAUGAUCUUCCUCGUGUACAUGUACAUCAUGUUGUUCAGGGACGGCAAGUCGAAACCAAAGAAGCAGAAGGACGUGUGCGAUCUGGACUCGUCGAGAUCGUCGAGCGGCGCCGGUGGCGACAGCGACACGCCUGAUACCGGAUGCCCGCACAUGAUGCAUCCGGUGCGUCCGGUCCAGCACUACGGCAGCUUCUACCUGCGAAUGGGCGCCGUCGCGUUCGGCAUCGGCUCGAUGAUCUACUCCGGCCUGGAAUUCGGCCAGUACUUCGAGCUGGAGCAGAACACCAAGUGUCACAACAUCAUGCUGGCCCUCACGCCCGCCACGAGAAUGGCCUUCAUCUUCAUCCAGAUGUACUUCAUAUUCCUGAACAACGAGCAAAUGAAGGUUUACCGUCACCGCGUAGUUGCGCGUUUCGGGCUAAUGCAUAUGAUCGGCACGAAUCUGUCAGUUUGGCUAAACGUUCUUGUGCAAGAAACGAAACACGAGAUCCUCACCUUCUAUAAUCCAGAGAACAAUUCCCUCAGAAUUUCCCACAGACUGGGCACGAAAGGAGUCCAUCUCGGCGGUCACCUGCACGGUCAUCACGGGGAACACGUGCGACUUCCGCGCGGUCUCAAAGGACCGCAUCACAUAUUCGAAUGCAGAAGAACGAAUAUAAUGGGAUCGCUGGUACAAGACGCCAGCCCCUUCCUCUUCCCCUGCACGAUAGAGUACAGCUUGAUUUGCGCGGCUAUUUUAUACGUAAUGUGGAAAAACAUAUCAAAGGCCGGAUUCACGCAGCCCACCACGCCGCCCGGCUCGCGUCAUCACGCACACGCCUACAGGAAGUCGCCGCAUCAUUACAGCGUGGACUGCGCGCGCGCGCACAAGGGCCUCUUCGUCGGUAUCCUGAUUCUAGUGCUGACCAUAAUCUCGCUGAUACUAUUCUUCGUGCUGAUCUCGCGGCCCGAGCUGACCAGCCUCGCCGUGACCGAGGUGAACGUGUGCGAGCUGACGCUCUACGGGAUGUCCACCCUGGCGACGCUGCUCGGCAUGUUCCAGAUGCGCAGGCUGCGCUACGACGGCGGCCGGAAUCUCGAGCUCGACAAUAUACUGCUGGUGGCCGCGCAGACCGGCAUGUUCAUCUACUCCACGUUCACCAUCAUCGGCGGCCACUUCACCCUGAAGAAGGACACGAUCCUCGUGCUGGUCACCGCGCUGGCCAGCGUCGUUCAAACCACCUGCCAGACCAUCUUCAUUCUGGACGCGUCCAGACGCUCGGUCGCCACCGCCGAACAGAUACGCCGAAAGCCCGGCAGGGAGAUCGUGACGUUCCUGCUGGUGACGAAUCUGGCCAUGUGGGCGAUCAACACGCUGGAGAAGUCCCGCGCGGAGUCGCAUCCGGUGCAGUUGCACUUCUACGGCCUGUGGGCGUGGACGAUCAUCACCCACGUCUCGAUGCCGCUGGCGAUAUUCUACAGGUUCCACAGCACCGUCUGCCUGUGCGAGGUGUGGAAGCGGGCCUACAAGGUCAAGCCGACCUACAUGUGACGCAAGGGCUCCCGCGAGGUCAUAUGGAAGACCGGGGGAGCCCCGCAGCGGCCCAAGAGCCAACAGUCAAGACUCGAUGUCAUUGCGGAGAACGAUCCGGCGUAUUUCAUGUGAUCGAGAGAAAUGCCGGGUCGCGACGACCGUCGAGGCUGGCGCGAAAACCGUGUUGAAGAGGGAAACUUCGUUGGACGCCGAUACAAGGAGUAGACAUCGAUCAUUUUUUUUAGGCGGAUUUUUCUAGAAAAACGCGACGACACGUACACCACAGUUCGUAUGCAUCGUGAUUUGCAUCGAUUCCAGGGUAUUUCGGAAAACUAUACAGUAAAUAGAUUCGAGGCUCGUAAGAGCGACUGGAUAAUUCACACGUAGUUGAAUCGAUUAGAGAAGAAUGCGUCGGCCGAAAGCGGUGCUCAAACUGUCCCAUAAACAGUAGCUUACUUCGUCGUUUGUCGAAAAGUCAAUGUCUCUAGCUAGCCUUGUACAGAUUUAUUUCAUCGGUAUAAAUGUUGACGUAUUCAUAAAAUUUACACAACAGUGUCGUGUCUCGCAGUACAAACCUUGCGGAUAGAUCGCGGCAAAAUAUCGCCGCGAUCUAGCUGCAAGAUUUGCGCUGUAUCAAUGGAUUAGCUGACUGAGAAUUAUUCUUAGAAAGGUCAUGUUGGAAAAACAAUUUUUGGCAAGCUAAAAAAGUAGAUUAACCCCAGAGAUACGUAUGUUCAGAUCCCCUUGCCGAUAAGCCGAUUUAUCGAAAUACAAUAUUAUAUACGAUCUCCUCGAAUCCCAACUCGGCUACCUUUUAGAGAUUUCCACAUAAAUAAUCCUCUUACUCAUUGAUAUCUGUAAAUAGCCUCUAUUGAACUUCACCGUGCUGCAAAAGCUAUGCGAGAUAGGGAGAUUUGCAAACCGCACGAGCGCACUUAACACAAUCUCGGGUUUUACGCGACGAAGGGACGUCACGUGUAUACGUUGAUAUCAAUCGCUCGCCAUUUCUCGCAGCUUUCGCCCGAAGCGAUGACCCUAUCGAGCAAGAAUGACCGCACGAAAAUUUCCGUAAAGGUGAACAAAAGUUCACUUGACAAAAAGAAAGCUCCAUCGCGAUAAUAGCGGAUAAACGAUCCCUUUCCGUUAUCUGCCGUCCAAUCGGCACGGUUUCGUACGAAAUCAAUGAAGAGAUAAGAAAAGGAUUGUUUAUCCGCCGCAUGAAAAAUAUCUUGGAAAGUGAAAGAAUCAAUUGUACUUCUCGAACUCGAUCCAACUGGUCAGCCCUACAAAACCUCAUGGAGAUGGAGUUCAUCGAUAGACAUAAAAUCAAUACAUAUUGCAUACAUAUAUACGCACACGUAUCACUUAUAUACAUGCGUAUCUAUCACAUAUAUUCUAAAUUCUCCUCUCGUUUAGAGAUACUCGAAUACGUUUUUUCGAUCGAAAGAAAAAGGAAAGAUCCGAUGCAAGUUAUGGAGAAACACAAUUGAUCAUGAUUUUCAUUAUACAUUUGAAUUUUAUCGCUUGUGACCAAAAGCAGAAUUUUUAGGUGACGAAGUGUUAGAGAUCACUCGUUAGAAAUAGAAGAAUUAGAUCUUUCUUAGAACCAAUCAGGUCGAAAAGGCUGACGUAGGUCUUCGACGCACACGGGAACAAUGAAACUUCGUUCGAUAAAUUUUUCUAUUUAUCUCCGAGUGACGAAUGAGAAAUCGGGAAGAGUUUUCCUGCCCGAAAGACUGAAACGAACGUCAGAGGAGGGAUCGGGACGUCGAGUAAUCCUGAUCCGCUUCAAACGAAAUCCUCUAGAACAUAAUCCGAUCGUUCGAUGCUCGCGACCUAAGGCACAUUCUCGCGGACAGUGUUUCAUCCGUCUUCCACGUAGUACAAACUGCAGCUUAAAACAACAAUCGUCCAUGCAGAUGGUUCGAGAAUUAGAAUAGCGGUGGGAGAAAUAAGUUACGAGUAUGUUCGAUAGAAAGAGGGGACAAUAUUUUAGCGCAGUGAUGUAGCCAGGGAUUUUCGUAGCGAACAAAAUUAUCGAACGUUAAUGCGAAACAACUGUACAAAUUUUCCAUUAUCUAAUUAACAAGCAAGCAAAGAUCGCAGCGAUUAGAAAUAUUUUAAUACAACUGAGAAUACAAAGGAUCAAUUUCUCUUGAUUUUCUAUUUAGCAAACUCGAAAUCGACGCUCGUUCCGCGGACUUUGUAUUUUCGAGCCGCUGUAAUUCGAUAAAGAGACAAAAGACCACGUAGAUAUUAAAUAUCCUGAAAGGAAGUGCAAAACUUUAGUCCUUUUAUACGCAAAGAGAUUUACGCACAAGAAAAAUUGUAAUAUUUUACAUAUAUUAUCGUAAAAAAAAAAAACAACAAAUUCGUAGAGACGAGAAUAAUUAGUACCGCUAUUAGAAUCAUGACUUAUAGUACACAGAUAUUUUAUUGUCGGCGUUGAAUUUCUAUUAUCAAGAGAAACUUAUUUUACGUUGGAUUCAGAAAGGUGAUCAGGAUCAAAUCGGUUGACGAGUGCUUAUCGCAAGCUCGUGCAAUUUUCAAAGCUAGAUGCGGAGCGAUAGGGACGAAAAGCUAGUACGUUCGAGGUAGAAAUACAGUACAACGGCUGAUCAUAUCAUUAAGCCUUAAUCCGUCGAGAAGAGCGCUGUCCGAACUCUGAUAAGAGAUAAAGGGGAUCAAGACCGAUCGCGGCCGAGUGCGAUCUCGAAACUGAAGCGACCUACUUGAGUUUCUUUUACGCUCAACUGGACAGAUGCGAUGACAGAGAGAAGAUCACAAAAGCGAACGAACGAAUCGACGUGCGAUUACGUACGAGUGCGCGUCUGCGAGUGCGUUGUGUGUGUAUGCGUGUGUACGUGCGUGCGUGCGUGCGGGUGUGCGUUUGUACAUGGAAUGAUGAAGGAAGACGAAGAGAAAGGAGGGAAAGUCCCUCGGGUUUAUAACGGAGAUGUAGGCGUUCAUAGAUAAUACGUGUUUCGUGCUAGAAGCUUUGAUAUCGAUUAUCGCCGUUGCGAAUUAUAGUUAUCCGGUCGAUUUUUUUGUAAGAUAUAGUUUCUCUAAGAGGGCUGUAAAUAAACGGAGGAGAGUAUACAAUAAAGCGAAUUCUCUCGGUGUUUAGCGCUAGUUGUGUCGACAUGUUUCUUCCUAUAGCAUAUAAAUAUAUAUAAUAUAUAUAUACACACACAUAUUUAUAUAUACAAGAUAUAAAUAUAUUUAUUAUUACGUUGUUCUAUUAUAAUAUUUAUUAUAACAUCUGACAUAGGAUUUACGCGCGACAUGUUACGUUUAUUGAGAAUCCUGAGGACUCGUGCCGAGAUCCCAUGUGUUUCUUCGCUUUCCUUCUUCGCCUACGUCUUCGUCCUAAUUAGAAUAGUCGGAAAAGUCGCUCCGCGAUGAGCGACGGAACGAGAAUGCGACGACACAAGGAACAAUGUAGAUAUUUGAACGGCAAGACAAAAGUUUUGAUAUAUUAAAAUUCAGAUAAUUUAGAUGCGAUUGUUGCGGAGCCUAAUUAUUUACAUCUCAUCUUCGAUUUUACAAAGGAGAAUCUCUUGUGAGAGAUUCGCCGAUUUUUCACGACAGUCUUCUCUCGUGCACAUCGUUGACGCGUUUACCGGUUCCCGGCACGAGUCUUCUCCGUAAAUAGAUAAAAUCAGGGCGAAAUCACGAUGGACGCAAUUCGCAUUUGCGAGUGAUAUAAGAGGAAAACGGGGCAAUUCUCUUUACUAUAUCACGUCUCUAAACUCUGUACUUUUUCUAUGUCCGCAUAAUCUAGUUCCUACGCAAUGUUUGUACUCUUAUACCCUUUGUACUAUUUGUACCUUACGAAUUGCAAUACACUCGUCCGCAAUAACGAAA